AGGCAUGGUCACACAUCUUUAUAUAUUUCAAAACACAAAAUAUAAAAACACAAAUGAGCUAAAAGAGUAUAAAAUCCAGUCUUCUUGUCUAGCAGCACGUCCCUUUGGAAGUUACAUAACACUUGAUCUUCCUAUCCUCCCAAUAAACUUUCUAAGGAGUUAAUUAUCCUGUUAUACUUUCACUUCAAUAUAUAAACUUAGCCAGUCAAUUCCUGUGCACCCUGCAUCUUAACAUCAUAUGUAUUUAACCAGAGAUCCUACAUAACCCUGCAUGACCCUACAUCUCAUUGAUAACUGCUUGUGUUAAUGUAAACAGACUCUUGUUACAGAUAUAGCACAGUGGACUAAAUGUGGCCGUACUAGUUAAUCCUCUUUGCCUCUAUGAUCCCUCAGUCUUCAGUGCUUGUGGAACACAGAGGUUUUUGUACCUGGUGAGCAGAAGAAAAGUCUUAUGGCUGACAAUAUACACACCUGCUGUUUUUUAUCCUCUGAACACUUUGAAGUCCCCUGAGAUGUUUCCUGUGUUAUAAGCAGCUCAGACCAACACUAUGAGUGCUGACACAGCCAACAGACUGGAUCUGGACCAAGAUUACCAUGCAGAACUGGCCGACAUGGUAGCAGCCAUGAAUGUGGCUGCCAACAGGCAGACCCCACCCAAUGGUUACAGGACCACACCGCAUCGAUUAAGUCUCUCAGAUCGCAAGCUGUCCUUGCAGGAGCGAUCGAGUUACCAGAGCAGCACUAACCCAAGGACAGCCAGGAGACCCACUAUUGAAUGCAAGCGGGUGUCUAUCUCUGAUGGAGAUGACUGUGUUCAGCUCAACCAAUAUAAACUGAAGAAUCAGAUAGGGAAGGGUUCGUAUGGUGUGGUCAAAUUAGCAUAUAAUGAAGAUGACGACCAGUACUAUGCUAUGAAGCUGGUAUCCAAAAAGAAGCUAAUGAAGCAGUUUGGAUUCACAAGGCGUCCUCCUUCCAGAGAAUCUAAUGGAUCACAAGAAAACCUUUUAAAACCUAUCGGCCUACUGGACCGAAUAUAUCAAGAAAUUGCCAUCUUGAAGAAACUUGACCAUCUUAAUGUUGUCAAAUUAGUUGAGGUUCUUGAUGACCCUGCUGAGGAUAACUUGCACUUAGUCUUUGAUUUGGUACCUAAAGGUCCAAUAAUGGAGGUCCCUACUGACAAUCCCCUAUCAGAGGACAUGGCCCGUUACUACUUCAGAGAUGUAAUUUUAGGAAUUGAAUAUUUACACUACCAGAAAAUCAUUCACAGAGACAUCAAACCCUCAAAUCUAUUGCUGGGGGAUGAUGGGCAUAUAAAGAUAGCAGAUUUUGGUGUCAGUAAUGAGUUUGAGGGUAAUGAUGCUCUCCUGUCAAAUAGUGCGGGUACUCCAGCUUUCAUGGCGCCUGAAACUCUAAUUGAUCAGGAGCAAAGAUUUAGUGGAAAGGCUUUAGAUGUAUGGGCAAUGGGAGUAACGUUAUACUGUUUUGUCUUCGGAAAGUGCCCCUUUCAUGAUGAUUACAUCUUAGGCCUUCACGAGAAGAUCAGGACCAUGCCAGUGGAGUUCCCAGACAAGCCUGUGAUCAGUGAGGAACUGAGUGAGCUCAUCCUCAAAAUGCUGGAUAAAGUCCCUGAAACUAGAAUCACAAUACCUGAAAUAAAGUUGCACCCGUGGGUAACACUUGAUGGUACUGAUCUGUUACCCCUGGAGGAGGAACAUUGCACAGUGGUUGAGGUGACAGCAGAAGAAGUCCAGAACUCGGUCAAGCUUAUUCCCAGUCUGUCUGCUGUGAUCCUUGUAAAAUCCAUGUUGCGAAAGCGCUCUUUCAGUAAUCCAUUUGAGGGUCGCAGGCAGGGCAGGUCUAUGUCGGCCCCUGGAGGUCUGACCUUGGAUAUGUCACUAUUUCGCCCUUUAAGCAGGGGAAGUAACAGUGUUGGAAGCAGAGAAGGAGAACUGGAAAAUCUUAUUGAGGAUGAAACUUUUUCAUGAGUUUGCAAGUACUUGUAAACCGGAUCGAUUGUUUGAUUCGUUUCUACACACUGUAAAAAAUACUUUGCUGCCUUAAAUUUUUUUGUUAAAUCAACUCGGAUUUACAAGUCAUUUCAACUUACUAUUAUUUAUCUUGACUAGAGGUGAGUUGUUAUAACUACAAGUGAGUUGUUAUAACUUAUAAAAUUAAGUUGACUUUUCUCAACUAUAUUUUAUUAGUUGUGACAACUCAUCUCUGUUGAUUUAACAAAACAUUUUAAGGCAGCAAAGUAUUUUUUACAGUGCAUGUAUCCGCAAUGGAUUAUUUUUUGUAUAUAUUUUCCUGUGUUAACAUUUCAAUUCUAUAAACAUGGACAACUUUUGGAGCACAUUUAAAGGGGUCAUGGACUGGCUUAUUUUAUUAUUUUGAACUGUUUUCAAAGAAUGUUGUUAUUAGUAAUAGGCUUUUAUUCUAUCCUGUUUUUAAGCCUCUGUUUUUGUGGGUGUGCCGCAUGGAAGACUUGGAUGUAACCACCCACUUCUAUUAUUGGGAAACAGUGUUGUAUACUGUGUGAAAUGUGAAAAGUUUCAACCCCCCCUGUCUGUGCAUGUCUGGAAUGACAAGUUGUAAUUAUUUAUCACAUUACACUCUUCUUAAAACC